ACAAAUGUGGUCGCUAUCAUUUCUCCACGGUCAAUCGCGUCGCGUUCACGGCAUCCAUGGGAAACCAAGAGCAAUGCCAGAUCAUUACCGCCACCGCAGCUCUGUUUCUGGCGAUCGGUGGCAUUCUUCUGCUCGUCAUUCCCACCGAAGAUAUCAAAGAACCGGCACAGUUCAUGUAUGGAAUAGUCUUGGAUGCGGGGUCCUCCCAUACGGCUAUGUUCAUUUACAAAUGGCCAGCAAAUAAGCAAAACGGUACAGGCAUUGUGAGUCAACACACAGACUGUCAUGUUAAAGGAGGUGGGAUCUCCAGUUAUGCGGGUAUCAGAGGAGGAGCAGCCAAGAGCCUUCAAGAAUGUAUGGAACAAGCUGUUCAGGACAUCCCAAAGUCUAGACACAAACUUACUCCUUUGUAUCUUGGGGCCACAGCGGGCAUGAGACUAUUAAACAUUUCUAAACCCAAAGAGUCGGAUGAGAUUUUAAAAGAAGUGGGAGAUAAAUUGAAGACGUACCCGUUCAGCUUCAAAGGGGCCACAAUUUUAAGUGGACAAGAGGAGGGAGCCUAUGGAUGGGUCACAGUCAACUACCUGCUUGAGAACUAUGUUAAGUAUGGCUUUGUGGGUCACUGGCUGUCCCCAGGCAGACCCACAGUCGGUGCACUAGACUUUGGCGGCGCUUCGACUCAAAUCACCUUUGUGACUAAAGAAACAGUCGAGAACAAGGAUAAUCAGAGGAAUUUGCGGCUGUAUGGGCAGGACUAUAAGAUUUACACUCAGAGCUUUCUGUGCUAUGGGAGAGAUCAGGUCUUACUUAGACUGCUGGCACAUCUGAUUAUGACUCAGAGAUCAGACAGCUCUAUAGUUCACCCCUGCUAUCCUGCAGGUUACACUGACUCCAUAAAGCUGGGCAGUGUGUUUGAUACUCCAUGUGUUAACAGACAAACUCCAUAUAAACCUGAUGCCCACCUGCAGAUAACUGGCACUGGAAACUACAAUCAAUGCUUGGGAAACAUUUCUAAGCUCUUCUCUUUCAACAACUGUUCUUAUUCCAAAUGCUCUUUUGAUGGAGUCUUCCAGCCCAACAUCACAGGAAACUUUAUGGCAUUUUCUGCAUUCUACUACACUCAUUCCUUCCUGCAAGAAACUACAGGCAUCACCAUCACCUCCCCGGCACACUUAGAGAACGUUGCACGUGCCGUCUGCAACAUGAGCUUUCAGGAGAUGAACACUAAGGUUCUGGAUCAGGGAGAGCGCUUGAGGGAUUAUUGUGCAGUCUCCAUCUUUGUUCAGGAGCUCCUGGUAAAAGGAUACGGCUUCGAUGAUGUCUCCUUCCCACACAUCUCUUUCCAGAAAAAGGCAAGAGACACCUCUGUUGGCUGGUCCCUUGGCUACAUGCUAAGUUUAAGCAACCUGCUUCCUGCCGAAGAUAUGUUUCUGAGAAAAGCAUUGCGUUCAGAUGCCUGGAACGCUCUGAUCGCCCUCUUUUCCCUCCUUCUUAUAACAGCUGUAUUUUUUCUGCUGCGUGCUAGCUGUAAGAAAGAAUCUGAUGGUGUCGUUUAAUAAUAAACACCAGGCACUGAAUGAAUUUCUGCUUCCCAUUAUGCACUGAAGAGCUUUUCUGUCCUUGGCAGGGAUAGUUGGCCAACCUCUACUGUUUACAAUACAACGACAACAAUUAUGAUCAAGCAGUAGGUGUAAAUGGAUAAACCAUUUGUAUUACGUUUCUGCAACAUUUCAGCAAUAUAUUCUUCAAUCAUAUUUUAUAUAAAGGAUAAUUUUUUGAAAAAACAACUGUGCCAGUUUUGCUUGGAACAGAAAACAUUUGGCCUGUGAUUUUAUUUGUGCUGUUUUUGUCUGGUACCUUAAGGGUAUUCAUUGUCAAGUUCCGUUCAUAGUACUGAAUGUACCUGUGUCAGGUAAAUUAUGGUAUGGAUCUUUCCCCUAACAAAUCAGAUGGAAUUGUUGUUUUGAUUAAUUUUGCUUGUGUGUAAUUCUAGAUGCUGUAAUAUGAAGUUCAGGACACUGAAAUGUUCAAAUGGAAGGUGUAUGUGAAAACAAAAACAUAUACCCAUUUUUAAACUGUAGCUAGCUUCUGUUUGUGCUUAAUAUGGCAAAGUUUUGUAUUGUUGUUAUUGUCAUGUUUAACUAACUCCUUUUUGAGACAUUGUAUAAAUGUUUUACGUGCACUGAGCAGUCAACACAUAAACAUGCUGUGGCAGAUGAUACUGUAAGUAACAUUUAAUGUGCAUUUUUUCAAAUCAUUCCUACACUUAUGCAAGACACUAUGUUAAUACUCUGUUCCAAAUAAUCCUGGUCUGGCAAAAAAUCUGGUCUGCAAAAAAAUAUAUUUUUCUUGAUAUACUGAUAAGAUGACCAGAAGAUAAAGAUCGCAGUCUUCAAACACAUCCCUCAAAAGAAAACAAUUGCUCAUGAAAGAUCCUUGAGCAAACAUAAUAUCAAAACGUCACUUCUUCAUAACAGUUUGAUCAUAGGUACACAAGGCACUCCAUAUCACAAGAAAGAGAAAAGACUGGCGCCACCUAUUGGUCAAACAAUUCAACGAAAUGUGCAUGUGUGUAGCAGUGGUGUAAUGUAUUGGAGUAAAUGUAAUUAGUUACUGUACUUAAGUAUCUUUUGGGGUACUUUGUAGUUUUACUGAGUAUUAAAGAUAUUAGCAACUUUUACUCUCUAUUUCACUACAUUUUUGAAUAAGUAUUUGUACUCUUUACUCCACUACUUUUGUAAUGACUAAUGCAAUUACACAUUACAUUUUGCAUAGCAACUUUAUCUACAGCAGUUUAUUUCUGCUACAGAAGAAGCAAUAUUGCCAUUUACAGUGCAUUGACGGUACUAUAUCUUGUGCAUUUUUGCCCAUACUGAAACUUGUCAACAUGGCUUCUUUAUGCGAAUGCGGGGGCAUUAUCAGGUAGUUGACAUCGCUGGUGUUUUAUGUGGGAAGAGGACAUGACUGCAGCCGGCGAUAAGGCCAAAACCAGCAUGUCCAGUGCAAAAAGGCUUUGACUUUUGUAAUUUUUACUUAACAUUAUUUUAUUUAUCCGUUUUACUGAAGAGACCUUUUUGAAGGAUAUUGGUUUCAUGAGCAUUUGAGCUUAACUGAGACUUUGGUGUUUGUAAUAGACGUAGGCUAUAUGGUGUUGACCUUGAUUUGUUGCAAUUUUGAGGUGUUCAGUUUGAUGCGAUUGCUCUCCUCACGAAUCAAU